AUGAUUGAUACACGACUUAACUUCAAGCAGCAAGCGGAGCACGUGAAGACCAAGGCAUCGGGCGUCAGAUCCACCUUAUCACGCCUCAUGCCUAACAUCGGGGGACCUAAGCAAAGAAGACGAGCACUGUUGUCCUCAGUGACUACUUCAGUGCUCACAUCUGCUAUUCCCAUUUGGGGAGACGUUCUACGACUACAAGAAGCACGACGCAAAAUCGCACCAAUCUAUCGACUUAGUGCCCUUAGAGUUGCAAGUGCUUUUCGGACAGUUUCUGAAGACGCGGUGUGUGUCAUCGCAGGAUUGUUGCCCAUUCAGGUUUUGGCUGAGGAGCGAGGAUCGCUGUAUAAGCGGAAACGAGCGCUCGCAUCGGAAAUGAUAAGCACCGAAGAACUGACGUCUGAGGAGAGGCGAAACAGCUUAAACCGAUGGCAGGAGAAGUGGAAAAAUUCGACCAAGGGAAGAUCAUCUAUCGUCUAA